UUGGCAGCAUGGCUGAAAGUAUUGAUAAGCAUAAACUGGUUUAGAGAAAGAAAUUUCUUCUGUGACUGAGUUCUAGACUUAGACAAGUCAUUUGUUAGUUCGCAAUGGAUAAGAAAGGAUUGUUUUCAGUAAUUUUGCUCAUUUUUAUGACAGUUAAACUACAUGACUGUAAACUAAAGACACCACGUCCAUCAGACACAUGGACUAAUCAAAACUUUAUUUUUGACAAAAAUCUGAUGUUUCCUGUUGAUUAUGAAGAAACUGUAUCUGAUGACUUUAGAACAAUAUUUUCGCGUGAUAAUAUAUUAACACCUGUCCAAUAUUUAUGGCAAUGGCUUUUUAACAGACAAAAUUUAGGAAAAACACCUCCACCUCAGCAAUUACCUCCAAUAAUAAUUUAUGCAACAACUGAGAUGCCUAGAACUUCAUCAACAACUCAAAUAAUGACGACCACAACUGUAAGAGAUGAAUUCAUCCCAACAGGAAGAACACGCAGGCCUUUAAAGUACAAAAUUGAAGGACACUGCAAAAAUCCUCCAAAAAGCCACGAAAAUAAGAAAUCCAAUAAAUUGUAG